AUCCUACCCUACUCGUGUUGAGCUCAACAUGAGUAGGGUAGGAUAAAAAAAUAUUUGUCCGGGGUAUGUUCAUCAGCCGCUUUGCACUUCUCUGUCCAUUCUCGGAAAUUAAUUUUUGAAAAGUGUCACCUGUGUAGAAAUUUAAAAAUAGGUUGACUAGAAAACCUUUAAUUCAAGUUUAUAAAACUACCAUGCUGAGCUUUAUGAGUGGACGAACCGCUGUUAUUGGAGCCGCUAUCGGUGGACUCAUUGCUGUGGGAUGCUUAUACUUUGACCACCGUCGACGGUCGGACCCCAACUUCAAAAACAAACUUCGAGAGCGAAGGAGGAAACUUCGAUUGGCGAUGGUGCCGUUGGAUGAAAUCCCCGAGUUUCAUAGUCAGGACGAAGUGCGAACGUAUUUCUCCCAGGAGGUUCAAAUGGGGCACGCUUUUCUUGAUGGGGGGCAGAUUCAGGAAGCCAUCCUACAUUUUGGACGAGCACUCUCCGUCUAUCACGAGCCUCAACAACUCCUCUCAAUUUGGAACCAAACUUUACCACCCGGAAUUGCUCAGCUAAUCCUGGCAAGUCGUCCGACGCUUGGACAGGGUGUUUUCAUCGUCCGAGGUGAUGAACUCGAAUAAAACAAGACGACACAGCCAUAAAAACGGAUGCAGUCGAAAAAAACUCUUCUUUUUCUAAUAAUUUAUGGUUUCAUUUUCAAGUAAAAACUGUUUUCUGAAGUUCGCCAUUCAUGUGACGUCCAACUUUUUGCCUUUAUGUAGAUAAUAUUUAAUUUCCUUAGGCAGUGUUAAUUCUUCCUGUUUAUUCAUUUUUUUGGAAAGAAGGAAAAAGUUGUUAAAUGUAGUUCCAUUUUUUAAAUAAAGUACUGAUUGGCUUUUUGAUCAAAGA